AUGUCCUUGACCAUCCUUGCCAAAUGCUUGAUUUCUGGCAAUGACCCGACAGUAUAUUUUCUGACGCAACUCUUCAAGGUUCUACCCGCACCUGAGGACCCACUUCUCGCCUCAGAUCUUUGUCCCAUUCUCUUGGAGAAGCCCUAUUUCCAACCAGUUCCUGUGGAAAUCGCAGAUAUCAUUACAAGUCACGUCGAAGACGACAAAAUCACCCUGCUCAAUCUCCUGCUCACAUCACACGCUUUCCAACGCAUCGCUGAACCGCGCCUCUAUGCCAGUGUCUCAUUCCUCCCGUCUUUCUCGGUGCCCCCAGGUUUGCGAUUGAGCGGCGCAAAGGGUGGUCUAUCUGCGACAGCACGCAGUUUUCUAUGCUGCAUCACUGCGGGCAGUGGCGGUCGUGCCCUUCAUGUCAAGCGAAUCCUCCUUCCUGGGACCGCCUUCGGAAGAGAACAAUACCCAUUAUUCCAACGCAUCUUGAAGUCGCUUCCGAAUCUUGAAGACCUUCAAUUUCACCGAUCGUCCCAGCUCGUGAAUGUGCUGCACCCCUUGAAUCUUCGUGCCUUCUUUACGGACCCGCAGGGGCUGAGCUCACCACCUCCGUUCAUGCUCAAAAGCCUAGUAUGUUAUGGCGGAGUUAAACUCAACAAACAGGGCUUAGAAUGGUUCCUUGCAUCCCAAAUAUCGCUUGAACGCCUAGUGGUUCCGGCCUUCCUCAAAAUCCCUGCUCUUCCUAGACUUUGCGUAAUUGAUACUUUCACGUUAGACGUCGCCAGCACCGUAUUCGAAACGAACCAAAUCACACACAUACGUGCAAAACUGGACGACCUCGAGUGCCUCAACGAUGUGGCCCUCAGCUCGAUUGUGGUCUGCAUCACCCGGAUUUCCGAGUUUCGCAAGCUCGCUGCUGUGGCCGCACGAAUGCCGAACCUGGAGUGUCUAGAGAUAGACCCCGGUAAUUCACCGAUCUUCGAGACGCUUUCUCAAAUCGAUAUAUUCAAGGGAACCAAACUCCGGCAUCUGCGCCUCUCCAGCACGCAAGAAGAGGCUGGCUGGGUUAGAAGACCGGGCCCGCCCAAUGAUGGGCCUUGGGGUAGAGUCGUUAGGGCGUUCGAUAAACUCCCAUCACUCUUCUACAUCAGUUUCCCACUCACCUCCCUGGUAAACUUUACGGAGUAUUGUUGCUUCACAAGGGGAGAACCGCUGCCGGUAAAGCUACGCUCACUGCGCCCUGCGGUGACGCCGCACGCGGAAUGGUGGCUUGACUGGGUCAAAGAUUGUACGAUCGUCCCAUUUGAUCUCAGUGAUAGUCAUGCGGCGUGCUGGCGCUCUUAA